UGCCGGAGAGACCAGACUCAGAAGAUUGUGGGUGUAGUGGCCAGAGCGUCACGGGGGAGGCGAGGGUGGUUGGUGUCAACACGGGGCGAAGAGGGGACCGGAGCUAAGACCCUUGGCCGCCUCCCCCACCGCCCAUCCGCAGGUCUGCUUGGCUUUGAGAAGGAGCUGCAGCACCCCUGUCUCACCAAAUAAGGGAUGGGCUCAGAGAACAGCGCUUUGAAGAGCUAUGCCCUGAAGGAACCGCCGUUCACCUUACCCUCCGGACUUGCUGUUUACCCCGCUGUAUUGCAAGAUGGCAAACUCGCGUCAGUUUUUGUGUAUAAGAGAGAAAACGAAGAUAAGGUUAAUAAAGCUGCCAAGCACCUGAAGACUCUCCGUCACCCGUGCUUGCUGAGGUUUUUAUCUUGCACUGUGGAAACAGACGGCAUUCAUCUCGUCACUGAGCGAGUGCAGCCUCUGGAAGUGGUUUUGGAAACAUUGUCUUCUGCAGAGGUCUGUGCUGGGAUCUAUGACAUAUUGCUGGCUCUUAUCUUCCUUCAUGACCGAGGACACCUCACACACAACAAUGUCUGCGUAUCGUCUGUGUUUGUGAGCGAGGAUGGGCACUGGAAGCUGGGAGGAAUGGAAACAGUCUGCAAAGUUGCUCAGGCCACGCCAGAGUUUCUGAGGAGUAUUCGGUCAGUAAGAGACCCGGCAUCUAUUCCUCCUGAAGAGAUGUCUCCAGAAUUCACGACUCUGCCAGCGUCCCACGGACACGCCCGGGAUGCCUAUUCUUUUGGGACACUGGUGGAAAGUUUGCUCACAGUCUUAAGUGAACAGGUUGCAGCGGAUAUUCUCUCCAGCUUUCAACAGACCUUGCACUCAGCCCUGCUGAGUCCCAGCCCGCAGUGCCGGCCAGCGCUCUGCAGCCUCCUGUGCCACGACUUAUUCAGGAAUGAUUUUCUAGAAGUUGUAAAUUUCUUGAAAAGUUUAACAUUGAAGAGCGAAGAGGAAAAAACUGAAUUUUUCAAAUUCCUGCUGGACAGAGUCAGCUGCCUGUCAGAGGAAUUAAUAGCCUCACGGUUGGUGCCUCUUCUGCUUAACCAGCUGGUGUUUGCAGAGCCAGUAGCUGUUAAGAGUUUUCUUCCUUACCUCCUCGGCCCUAAAAAAGACAACACGCAGGGAGAAGCCCCCCGCCUCCUCUCACCAGCCCUGUUCCAGGCGCGGGUGAUCCCUGAGCUGCUGCGGCUGUUCGAGGUGCACGAGGAGCACGUGCGCAUGGUGCUGCUGUCCCACCUGGAGGCCUACGUGGAGCACUUCACGCAGGAGCAGCUGAAGAAGGUCAUCCUACCCCAGGUUUUACUGGGCCUGCGUGAUACCAGCGACUCCAUCGUGGCCAUUACUCUUCACAGCCUAGCAGUGUUGGUCUCGCUACUUGGACCAGAGGUGGUUGUGGGAGGAGAGAGAACCAAGAUCUUCAAACGCACUGCCCCAAGCUUCACUAAACCUGUGGACCUCUCCCCAGAAGAUUCUCCUGUGCAUGUCACCUGCAGCCAGCGCAGUCAGAGCUUGCCAGUCAUGAAGAACCCCUCCCCUGGCAUAUUCCCUAAAUGUUUUUCUGGCAACAUGCCCAUCAACAGCAAGAAGCACAUACCACGAGAUUACUACAGUACUUUUCUACAGACAGAUGAUCAAUUUUCUCAGCCUAUCAAAUUUCCCAUCAAUGGCAUCUCUGAAGUGAAAAUUACCUCAGGAGACAGUGAAAAUUUCCCAUCAAGUUCUAAAAAGUCUGAGGAGUGGCCUGACUGGAGUGAGCCUGAGGAGCCCGAGAACAAAACUGUCAACCUAGAGGUUUGUCCUGCAGAUCCCCACGCAGUGGCCCAGUCCCCGCUCACUAACCUGAAUGCAGAGGAGCUUUGGGAUGACUUUGAGCCUGGCAGCUUAGAUACUGAAGUAAACCUGGAAGGUGGAAUGAUGGCCACAAGACCUGUUACCUCAGGGGAGCAAAAGGCCACUCCUGCUUUGCCUUCAAAAUCAAGCCUACCCCAAAAGACCAGUCUUGCACAAAGCAGGGAUGACCCAGGCCAAACCAAGCCACCAAAAGUGUUGUCAGAAGAAAGGCGCCUUAAAGUUCCAUCAGAACUGGGUUUAGGAGAGGAGUUUACCAUUCAGGUAAAAAAGAAGCCAGUGAAAGACCCAGAGUUGGACUGGUUUGCUGAUAUGAUCCCAGAAAUUAAGCCUUCAGCUGCUAUUCUUAUUUUGCCUGAACUGAGGACAGAAACAGUGGUUCCCAACAAGGAUAAUGUCUCAUCAGUGAUGCACUUUUCCUCAAAAUUUGCUGCAGCAGAAAUUACUGAGGAGCUCUUUAUCCAGUCUGCCAAUGGAAGUGAGAGACCUGGCUUGCUGGCGGAGCGCCCUGGGCAGUGCAGAGGUUCACAGCCCUUCUCAGAGGAAGAGCCUGUGCGUCUGACGGAGGCCAGUUUCUGUGAAGAGCAAGUGGCUGUGGAAAGGUGGAACUUACUGCUUUCUUCCAGAGCACUUCUGGAAGUAAAGAAAAUAAAUUCAAAAAUUCAAGCUGAUUAGCUUAAUUCUGUGCCAUUUCUUUGUCAGAAGAGUAAACUCUAUUAUGGAAUACAACUUACUGAAAAACUUUUAGCUAUAAAGUAUAUAAAUGAUUUUAAAUUGCUAAGGUUUCCUUAGGCAGCUUAUUUAUUUGUUUACAGAGGUACUAUCUGAGUGAGUGGCCCUGUGGAGACCUGGGCAGUUACCGACUGUUCUACUUGUUACCUUGUACCAAAGUCCUUAAUGAGAAAUAUCCCUCACAAUCCUGCUCUUUAAAUGUCCAUAAAUAAA